GGAGGGGCUUUGCCGGAUUUGGUGUCCAUGGUUGGAGAAAAACUAGUUUUUGGGCGGGCCCUGCGCAUGAAUGACAGCGGGGUCUACGAAUGUGUGGUCAGGAACGAGGUGGGAGCAGGAGCAGCAGAGUUUACAGUAACAGUCACAAAGACCAGACGACAGGGUGAGACCCCCGUCGGAAACCUGCUUCUGAUCAUCAUCGGGGCGUCGGCCGGGGCGUUGGUCGUGACGCUGGUCCUGGUCGUCCUGCUGGUCAACCGCUACCAUCGACACAAAAACAAGAAGCUGGAGAUGGAGCUCAGCGAGAAAACGGAGGAAAUUCAAAGCUUCUCCAGACAAGCCUCCUUUAGGAGACUCAACUCAGUCAGCACAGACCCCAGAGUGCAGUCUGAAGAUUACGGCCUGCUCAGAGUAGACAGCCGAAUGAAAAACAGCGAAAACUCUCUGGAACAGCCCAUCUACCGAGGCAGCCAGUCCACUCUGGGGGGGAAGUGGGGGCCCUCGGGGGGGGUGGUGGAGGUGGACGAACUGGGACGUCCCGUUGUCUGGCAAAACGGCAGGGAGAGCCUGAGGGGAGCAGAGCUGGAGGAGAAGGAGGAGCGCAGGAGGAGGGUGGAGUCGUACCUGAAGAACAGCAACAUGUCGCUGGACUCAGGUCUGCCCUCUUCCCUGGUUCCCCUGAAGGCCCAGCAGGACGAAGGCGAUGGGCCCACGCAGCCGGACCCGGCCCCCCCCAGAGAGGGAGACUCUCCACAGGGGGUGGGAGAGGACUGGCCCCCUCCCCCGGUGGUGGAGGGGCACGAGGAGGAGGUGGUGGGCAGCAGCUCCUACCACAUCUCAGAGGCCCUCAACAACCACUUCUACUACAGCAACGGGAUCCUCAGGCCGAAGCCGCACUCCAACGCCAUCCUGCUGCACCCCCGAGGACAGAUCAUCUAGAACAGAUCAUCCAAACACUGAACAUGAAAGGAGCCGGCAUUCCUGCAUCUAAAAGGACCUUUUUCUUUUUCAAACGGGAUGUUUGUUUUGUAUACAUUGACUGCACGGGGUAAUUUCCCCCAGGAUAGAUCCAAACUUGAAUAUUUUGCCUCUGGCUUGUAAGUUGUUUAUCCUUUAUCCUCAUGACAUUAAUUGGGACUUUUUUUUGGGGGGGAGGGGGGCGGCAUUUUAUACCUUUUUCUUUGGUCGUGAAAACGACUGUGGGGGAAAAGAGAAGGGGAACGAUAUGCAGCAAACUGUUGGCCAGCUGGGAAUCAAACUGAUCUGGGAAAUCUCUGAUCAGGGCGUUUUAGCCAAACAGUUAUUUAUCCCAACCAGCCGGCUAUGGGUCGUCCAAUUUGAGCGCUUAAAGGUCACCUAUUAUGCAAAAUCCACUUGUUCAUGUCUCUUCUACAUCAGCAUGUGUCCCCUCUGUGGAAAGAGACUCUG